AUGGAUGUGACACUUUGUUCUAUUGCAAUGUCCUUUGCGGUGAUUGCAUUACUUACAUGGGCCUGGAGAGUAGUGAAUUGGGUGUGGUUGAGACCAAAAUACAUAGAGAAGUGCCUGAGACAGCAAGGUCUUUGUGGAAAUUCCUACCGGCUGUUGUAUGGAGACACAAAGGAAAUGGCAAUGAUGAGAAAAGAAGCAAAACGUAAAUCCAUUGACUUGUCUGACAAUAUUCUUCCCCGGGUUUUGCCAUUUUACCAUCACAUCAUCAACAAGUACGGUAAAAAUUCAUUUUCAUGGAUAGGACCAGUGGCCAGGGUGAACAUCAUUGAACCUGAACUAAUCAAAGAACUUCUAACUAACAACUAUGUUUUCAAAAAGCCAACCCCAAACCCUCUUGCCAAGUUUCUGGUAACAGGCUUGGGAGGCUAUGAGGGUGAGAAGUGGGCUAAGCAUAGAAAGAUUAUCAACCCAGCUUUCCACCUAGACAAGUUGAAGUGUAUGGUACCUGCAAUGUAUCAGAGUUGUCAUGAGUUGAUAAGCGAAUGGGAGAUGCUGGUCUCGAAGAACAGUUGGUGUGAGUUGGAUGUGCAGCCUUAUCUUCAAAACUUAACCAGCAAUGUGAUUUCUCGAACAGCAUUCGGAAGCAGCUACGAAGAAGGUAGAAACAUAAUCCAACUUCAGAAAGAACAAGCUCAACUUACCCUCCAAGUUUUGCAGUCGGUCUACAUUCCAGGAUGGAGGUUUCUACCAACAGAGAGAAACAAAAGAAUGAAAGGCAUAAACAAGGAGUUGCAUGCUCUUUUUACAGGUAUAAUAAACAAAAAAGAAAAGGCCAAGCAGUUAGGCAAAGCUAGUGAUGAUGAUGACUUAUUGAGCAUGAUGUUAAAAUCCAAUUGGAAAGAGAUUCGAGAAAAUGAAAACAAAGAGGAUGUUGGGAUGAGUAUUGAUGAGGUGAUUGAGGAAUGCAAAACAUUUUAUUUAGCUGGACAAGAGAGUACAUCAAAUUUGCUCCUAUGGACUAUGGUUGUGUUAAGCAUGUACCCAAUUUGGCAAGUUCGUGCAAGAGAAGAGGUUUGGCAUGUUUUCGGAAACAAUAAACCAGACUUUGAUGGGUUAAACCGUCUCAAAAUUGUUACGAUGAUUUUGUACGAGGUUCUGAGGUUAUACCCACCUGCAACUAUACUUACCCGAAUCAUUUACAAAAAGACAAAACUUGGAGAUAUGACUCUACCUCCGGGAGUACAGUUUUUGUUGCCAAUACUCCUAGUUCAUCAUGAUCAUGAACUUUGGGGUCAAGAUGCAAAAGAAUUCAAACCAGAGAGAUUUGCAGAAGGCAUUGCAAAAGCAACAAAACAUCAAUUCUCAUACUUCCCCUUCAGUUCGGGUCCCCGAAAAUGCAUUGGUAAUAACUUUGCAAUGAUGGAAGCAAAACUGGCUAUAGCAAUGAUCCUUCAGCGAUUCUCGUUCGAGCUUUCGCCAUCUUAUGUUCAUGCUCCUUCCUACGUCGUAACUAUGCAACCCCAACAUGGUGUUCAUAUAAUUUUACACAAAAUAUAGUGUCAAAUUCUCAGCAUUUGAUUGUGAGUGAUCUCAGUCGAAAAUUGCUAGUAAUUCUGUAACAGAUUUC